CCGGGCGGACCGCAGGGUGAGCCACAAUGAAAGGCGGAACACCUUCCUGCACCCAGUGACGGGACAGCUCCCCGAGGACACCUCGAGGCUUGACUUGCCAAAACACAGCUCGGACAUGUCCAGCAAGGCGGGCAGCAAGCGGUCGGCCACCGUCCCCAGCGAGCCCCCCAACCACGCCAUGGUGGCCGAGGUGCCCCCGGAGCGCCCCGGAGGCCGGGCUCCGCGCUCAUCCCGCAAGGGCAUCGCCUUCGGGAAGCGCUCCAACUCCAUGAAGAGGAACCCCAACGCCGCCGUCACCAAGAGCGGCUGGCUCUACAAGCAGGCCAGCUCGGGGGUGAAGCAGUGGAACAAGCGCUGGUUCGUGCUGGUGGAUCGCUGCCUCUUCUACUACAAAGACGAGAAGGAGGAGAACAUCCUGGGCAGCAUCCCCCUGCUCAGCUUCCGCGUGGCCGCCGUGCAGCCCUCGGACAACAUCAGCAGGAAGCACACGUUCAAGGCCGAGCACGCCGGCAUCCGCACCUACUUCUUCAGCGCCGAGAACACGGAGGAGCAGGAGGCCUGGAUCCAGGCCAUGGGCGAGGCCGCCCGCGUGCAGAUCCCGCCCAGCCAGAGGCACGAGAAGCCGGACUCGGAGAACAUCCCCCCCAGCAAACACCACCACCACCACCAGCACUGCAACGCCGCGCACCGCGAGCACGCCAAGGCCGAGCCCGACGCCAGGACCCGCGGCGAGGGCGACGGCCGCGGCUCGGAGAAGAUGGAGCGCAAGCCGUCGGAGCGGGCGGACGGCAAGAAGGAGCCUCUGGCCAAAGCCAACGGCCUGGGCGGGCAGGAGCCGCCCUCGGAGCCGGGCAGCCCCUACCCCGAGGGGCCGCGGGCGCCGGCGAGCGCCGAGCGGCCGGNNNCGGCGCAGCCCAACGGGUGGCCGUACCCCUCGCCCAGCCGGCCCGGCAGCACCGCCUUCCCCCCGGCGGGGGACGGCGAGAGCGGGGCCCAGCGCCGCGGCGUCGCCCCCCGCUCCCACCCCGAGAAGGUGGCCCAGCGCAAGAGCUCCAUGACGCAGCUGCAGCAGUGGGUGAACUCGCGCCGCGCCACCGCGCCCGCCGAGGAGCUGCGCAGCCCCAGCAGGUUCUACCCCGUAUCCCGCCGGGUGCCCGAUUAUUACUCGCCCUACUCGCCGCAGUACCCCGAGGAGUACCAGUACUACCCGCCGGGCGUGCGCCCCGACAGCAUCUGCUCCAUGCCCGCCUUCGACCGCGUCAGCCCCCCGUGGGCGCUGGAGGACAAGCGCCACUCCUUCCGCAACGGGGGUCCCUUCCACCCCGCCUUCGGCCGCCAGGACGUGCCGCUGUGGCUGCCGGCGCCCGCCAGGCCGCCGAGCUACCUGGACGAGGUGGACGCGGCCUCGGGCUCGCUGCGGAGGAUGUCGCUGCAGCCGCGCUCGCGCUCGGUGCCGCGCUCGCCCAGCCAGGGCUCCUACGGCCGCGCCAGGGUUUACUCGCCCGUGCGCUCGCCCAGCGCCCGCUUCGAGCGGCUGCCGCCCCGCGGGGACGAGAUCUACGCCGAGCCCGCCAGCUUCGUGAUGCGCAGGUCCAUCAGCUCGCCCAAGUACGAUUACCUGGGUGACCGGCGGCCCGUCCCACCCGGGGUGUACCCCUACCACUUCCCGGCGUCCCCCACCAUCCACGACAAAAUGGAUGAACUUUUAGACCUUCAGUUGCAAAGAAACCUAGAAUAUUUGGACCAGCAGAUGAGCGAGAGCGAGACCCUCAUCACUAUGGUGAACAGGAUGGUGGAGACCUCCUCCCCUAGGGCCCAGCUCUACAUGCAAGUGACGCCGUUCCCGGAGCCCUACAGGGACACCCUGCAGCCCUACAAGAUCAGCGAGCAGGACACGGAUAAGCUGCUGGGGAAGCUCUGCGAGCAGAACAAGGUGCUGCGGGAGCAGGAGAGGCUGGUGCAGCAGCUGCGGGCUGAGAAGGAGAGCCUGGAGAGCGCCCUGAUGGGGACGCACCAGGAGCUGGAGAUGUUCGGGAGCCAGCCCGCCUACCCCGAGAAGCUGCUGCACAAGAAGGAAUCACUGCAGAACCAGCUCAUCAACAUCCGCGUGGAGCUGUCCCAGGCCCCUCAGGCUCUGGCAAACAGCACGGCCGAGUACGAGAGCCUGGAGAGCGAGGUGUCCACCCUGCACGAUGACCUCUGGGAGCAGCUCAACCUGGACAUCCAGAACGAGCUGCUGAACCGGCAGAUCCAGAGGGAGAUCUGGCGCAUCCAGGACGUGAUGGAGGGGCUGAGGAAGAACAACCCCUCCCGAGGCACCGACACGGCCAAGCACAGAGUGGCCCUGGGCCCCUCGGGCACGUACAGCUCCAACAGCCCUGCCAGCCCGCUGAGCUCUGCCAGCCUCACCAGCCCCCUGAGCCCCUUCUCCCUCAUCUCCGGCUCCCAGGGAUCGCCCACCAAGCCCGGCCCUGGCGAGGAACCGGGCCCGCCUCGACCUCCCCUCCCCAAGUCCUACGUGCCCCUGGAGCCUCCUCCGGCCGUGCCCCCGCUGCCCAGCGAGAGCCGCCUGCGGCCGCACCCCGCCUCCCCGCCCUGGCAGCGGGGAGAGGCCAGGCGGGGACAGCCCAAGCCCGGCUCGGAGCCCAGCCAGAAGGAGCCGCCCCGGCCCAGCGGCCCCGGCCCCGCGCCCGAGGCGCUCCCGCAGGGCCGGCCGGAGCACGACGGCGACAAACAGGCGGCGACAAACAAGGUGGGAAUCGUCCCCCCCAGGACCAAAUCUCCGGCGGAGGAGGAGGCGGUGCCCAGGAGGAACGGGCUGGCCAACGGGCUGGGCUCCCGGGAGAGACCCAAGAGCGCCGCGUUCGCCGCCGAGAGCAAGGUGAAGAUGAGCGUGGAGGAGCAGAUGGACCGCAUGAAGCGGCACCAGAGCGGCUCCAUGAAGGAGAAGCGGCGCAGCCUGCAGCUCCCCGGGCCCCAGCCCGACCCCCCCGGCACCAAAACCCCCUCCUCCUACAAGGUGGUGCGGCGACACCGCAGCAUCCACGAGGUGGACAUCUCGGACCUGGAGGCCGCGCUGCGCUCCGACGAGCCCGGCAAGGUGUACGAGACGCCGCAGGAGGAGAUCGCCCGGCUGCGCAAGAUGGAGCUGGAGCCGCAGCACUACGACGUGGACAUCAGCAAGGAGCUGUCCACGCCGGACAAAGUCCUGAUCCCCGAGCGCUACGUGGAGCUGGAGCCCGAGUCGCCCCUCAGCCCCGAGGAGAUGAAGGAGAAGCAGAAGAAGGUGGAAAGGAUCAAGACUCUCAUUGCCAAGUCCAGCCUGCAGAACGUCAUCCCCCUGGGCGAGGGGGAGGUGGACGCCCCCCAGGACCCCGAGGUGCAGCUGCAGGAGCAGGAGAAGAGGAUCGAGAUCUCCUGUGCCCUGGCUGCCGAGGCCUCGCGGCGCGGCCGGAUGCUCUCAGCUCAGUGCGCCACCCCCAGCCCUCCCACCUCCCCAGCCUCCCCGACUCCACCGACCAACCCCCUCUCGUCCGAGCCGCCCCGGGCCGACGGCAGCCACCUCAUGCGGGUGUGAGCCUGUGACCUCAAGCCCUGGCUGCUGCCGGCGCCGUCAAGUUCCACGGGGCCACGUUUUAGUCCCCUCCUGAGGUGACACCGGACCUCUCGCCACCGUCCUCGGCUCUCCCGGACCCCCUUCCCUCCCUGCGGCGGCGACAGCAGCGGGACAGGCGGCACCCCCGGGAGCCCUGUCCCGAGGAGGCGGGCGGGGGCCGGGGUUGUCCCCAAGGAGCCCCCGGGGCUGUCAGCGGCCACCGGGACACACCCGGACAGCCGGGACUGUGGCCACAGGGACAGCCGUGACAGCUGUGACAGCGGCCACCAGGGCGCACUCAGACAGCCAUGACGGUGGCCACCAGGACAGCCAUGACAGUGGCCACCACGACAGCUGUGACAGUGGCUACAAGGACAUAGCUGUGACAGCGGCCACCAGGACAGCUGUGGCAGUGGCCACAAAGGCACAACUGUGACAGUGGCCACCAGGACACAGCUGUGACAGUGGCCACCAGCCCAGUGGCGAGCGCAGCACUCCUGGGACGGCCCCCAAGGUCUGUGAAGGGGCUCUUGGGUGGGGACCCGCCUGUCCCCACCGCGGAUGGUGCUGCCACCUCCCAGCAGACCCGGAUGUCCCCCCCGGCUCCUCGGGCGCCGUUUCCCCUCCCUGAGCCCUGACCCUGGUUUUGGAACCCGUCCGUGUCACCAGCGGUGGCCCAGCCGGAGGGAGAGGGGACAGGACGGGUGGAGGUGGCACUGGGGGCACACGGAGGUGGCACUGCGGGCACACGGAGGUGCCCAGGGCGCUCCGGGGCGCUCCAAGCACGGAGCUCCGGGCAGGGAUGGGGCACAGCAGGGAAUUGGGGUGCCAGGCGGGAUAACGGAGCUGUGGGGUCGGCACAGACCCCCUGUGGAGGGUGGGGAUGGUGCUGAGGAGGGGUUUGGGGACAGAGGUGUCACCUGGGGACCUGCUGUCACCCUCCAAAAAUCCCUUCCCGCUGCUCUCCAGCCCCUUCCAGCGGUUCGGAUUUCCUGUAGCAAAUUCCCCUUUUCUUCAUCACCCCGGAGGAUGGGAAAGAAUCAGAAUCCCUGGAAGGAUGCGAGCGUGGCAGGGGCCAGGAGCUGGAUCCCAAAUCCCAAACCUCCAACCCCAAAUCCCAUCCAUCCCAAACCCCCAGGACCUCCCUGCAUCCCAAUGCCAAUUUAGCAAUACUUGUAGGAUCCCUGGAGCCCCAAACCCCGCUGCCCUCUGAGCCUCCCUCAGCCCCUUUAGCUCAUAAAGCUGGCCCUUUAUUUUGCUAUUUACAUGCCUUAAUAUAUGUUUGAUGGAAAUUCUACAUUUAUAAUAUAUAUCUAUAUUUGGUUUUCCUCUUCUUUUCCCGGGAAAAAAGCUCGUGCCGAGCUCUCUCUUCUCCGCAGGAUUUGUUGGUGGCAGCCCCGCCAACAAAAAAACAUAAAUAAAGAUUCUUUGCCAAUUUAUCAGAGGGGGAAGGAAAUAAAAAAAAUAAAACAAAAAAAAA